GAAGAGGAAGAGAAGAUACAAAAAGUGCAGAAAGAAAAGGAGAAGGAGAAGGCGGUCAAAGAAAACGCGCUAGAAAAAAUCGCCCAGGAGAAAAAGGAAACCAAGAAACGCGUAGAAGUUGAACGUAUACGAUAUCCGGUUGAAGAUACCGAACUUCCAAUUGAUCCUGCGUUAGAUGAAAUGCCGAGAAUGGCUACAGACUUCAUGGUGGGACAACCGAACGUCCCGUUUCUGCUGGUGACCUACCACUUCCUAAGUAAUUUCAACGAUGUCAUCAGUCUGUCUCAAUUUACCUUCGAUAACUGGGAAACCGAUGCAACACCUACUGCGGACAAUGAGAACGAACUGCACGCAUUGCUAAACCAGAAACACAACUCAUGGGGCGAUGCAUUGCAGGUGUGGAUUGAAUACAGAAGUAUGACGCCCAACCCGGCAAUCCCCCUCCCCGAGUGUCUGGAUAACAUGACACCCAUACGUGCACUAGGACACGAUGUCAGUACUGCCCUGGAGAUGGUGCAUUACCUGUGUAACGAGGUGGCCUCGACCGAAGAGUUCCGCACGCACAUCGAUGAAAUGAGGGAAAAUCUACGGAUACUCAACGCUGAACACCGAGCAGAUGUCAGCGAAUACAGGAAGAUGCUCAGGGAGGAGGAGAAGGAACGGAAGAAACAGAAUAUGGAAGAGGAUAGUGGCAGUGAUUCCGACUCGGACGACGAUGGAGGCUCCUCCGACGACGACAGUGGACAACCGAAGAAAAAAGCUAAGGUGGAGCGUGCGGACGACUCACAAACCAUGGAGGAGCCAGAUAUUCUUGCAAAGGCGGGAGCGUCCCGCCGAGAGAUGCUAGAGUACAAACGAAUGAUGCGCGAGAUGGAGGAGGCGAGGAAACGCAAAGAGGCCGAGAAACAGGCCGAGAUUAGGGCCAUACAACAAAAGGAGCGUACAGAACAAGCUCAGAUACGGAAAGAAAAAGAGCAAAGGCAAGCUGAGCGAGAACGAAAGGACGAAAAAUACUACUUUGAGGCGCGUAGAUUGGGCGCAUUCCGCGAUAAGAUUUUGGGGCAAGACCGAGACUACCGGAAGUAUUGGCUGAUAGACCAUACCCGCAUACACAUACAAGUGGAUGGCGGCAAGUGGGGCUAUUUAGACACCAUCCCAGAGGUGGUGCAACUACUCAAUCACCUCAACAUAAAAGGCCAUCGCGAGUGCCACUUGCGCUCGUCACUGAACGCUUGCUUCAACCGCCUGUGUAGCAAUAUCAAGAAACGCAUAGAGGACGCCCGUAGGGAAGAAGACUCGCGGCGGAGUUCCCGUUUACAAGUCAAAUCCAAAGAGUUUGGGUUCAUGCACUUCACAAACAGCAAACGUGGCAAAGAUGCGAUGUAUCCCUGGGAGUCAUAACGAGAGUGUUUGGUCACCACUUUGUACCUGCGGAACCUAUAUAAUUAUACAGCUGUACACAUGCAUACUGGUAGAUGACGGGUGUGCUGCCGGGUACACAGGGAGUGAAUCCUAUCUUAGAAGUUGUGCUGUAUUUUGAUAGUAGCAGAAGCGAGGUGCGACGGUGAAAGACAAGACACUCCACAACUACAGAACACAUAGAGGAUCGCUCGUUAUCCUUGAGUGUAUAUUGGACUAUAGACGCACUUUAGGAUACAACUCUGAAUAGUAACGGUUGAUUUGAAGAGGCUGCGUGUCUAAUGGUACUCAACUCUGGCCUCGCUGUUUAAUUUCCAGUCGAUAUCCCCUAAUCAAUUACUAAUAAAUUAGAAGCACCGAUUCAC